AUGGGGACAGUUAUCCCCGUUUUGGGGCUGUUAUCCCCGUUUUAUGGUCAGUUAUCCCCGUUUUGGGGCCGGUUAUCCCCGUUUUGGGUGCUGCCGGCCCCUUUUGGGGCGGUGUCCCCGUUCAGGGGGUGUCCCUGUCCCAAUUUCCCCCAUCCCCAGGAGCUGGUGGUGCAGAAGGGCUGGCGCCUGCCCGAGUACACGGUGACCCAGGAGUCGGGGCCGGCGCACCGCAAGGAGUUCACCAUGACGUGCCGCGUGGAGCGCUUCGUGGAGAUCGGCAGCGGCACCUCCAAGAAGCUGGCGAAGCGCAACGCGGCCGCCAAGAUGCUCGUGCGGAUCCACAACGUGCCGAUGGAGCCGCGCGACGGCAGCGAGGCCGAGGGCGAGGAGGACCAGUUCAACAUGACGUGCCCCCGGCUGGAGGGGCUGCGGGGCCGAGCCCCCGGCUGUACCUGGGACUCCCUGAGGAACUCGGCGGGCGAGAAGUUGGGGCAGCUGCGGAGCCGGGGGGGGGCCCCUGCGCCGGGGGGGGCCUGUGCCCUCCUGCAGGAGCUCUCGGAGGAGCAGAGCUUCGCCAUCAGCUACCUCGACAUCGACGCGCUGAGCCUCAGUGGGCUGCACCAGUGCCUGGUGGAGCUCUCGACGCAGCCGACCACCGUGUGCCACGGGGCCGCCCCGUCCCGCGACGGCGCCCGCGCCCAGGCUGCCCGCAACGCCCUGCAGUACCUGCGCAUCAUGGCAGGGGGCAAGUGACCCCCCGGGGGCGAGUGACCCCCCCGGACACACCCAUGGGCGCACGGACACACCCCAGGCUCGCUGGACUCACGGCGGGGCACCCGGCCCCCAACCCCCACCCCCCGGACACAGGGACCCACCUGGGUCUGCGGAUGGACAGACAGACGGACCUCAGGGCCCAGGGGCUCCCUCUGGCCUGGCCCCCCCCCGACAGCAGCGCCAGGAGGGUCCCCGGGCACCAUCGG